AUGUUAAAAUGUGGUCUCUCUCUCCUUCUAGCUGCCUCGGCCCUCGCCAACUUGCCACAGAGUCAAUCAACACUCAAUGACCCCUCCUCGAACUAUGGAUCCCUCCUUACGCUCUCCGAGUCCGCCCAGCUUCUCCACCUCCACCGUAAACUCGUCGAGAUCGAGAGUAUAACGGGAAAUGAGCACAACGUCGCCGAGUGGUUGGCUUCGUACUUGCGGAACAAUAGCUUCACAGUGGAACUACAGGAAGUAUCUCCGAAGAGGCAUAAUGUCCUAGCAUACGGCAAAAAGCGCGACACAACCGUCCUGGUGACAUCGCACAUCGACACCGUCCCACCCUUCUGGCCAUAUUACCACAACGAAACUACACAUGCAAUAGGAGGACGCGGCUCCGUCGAUGCAAAGGGCAGCGUCGCGCCGCAAAUCAUGGCCGUGCAAAGCCUUCGGGAGAAGUUCUUCGACGACCUAUCCCUCCUCUUCGUCGUGGGCGAGGAAACCGGCGGCGACGGCAUGCGCGCUUUCUCUGCGUGGGAGGAACGACCGAAAUCCUACGAGGUUGUCAUUUUCGGCGAGCCGACGGAGGGGAAAUUGGUGUGCGGACACAAAGGCAUGCUGGGCUUCACGAUCAGGAUACAAGGCAAGGCGGCGCAUUCCGGGUAUCCGUGGUUGGGAGUCUCCGCGAACGAUGUCCUACUCGACGCAUUGGGUGCGCUGCACCACCUGCGGGAAAGUGGGCUGCCGUGGAGUGAGAAGUAUGGCAAUACGACGAUGAACUUUGGACGUGUGCAGGGUGGUGUUGCUGCGAAUGUGGUGGCUGAGACCGCCGAGGCGAGAAUCGCUAUGCGACUUGCAGCCGGGACGCCGGAGCUUGUGCGCGAUUUGAUUCUCGAUUCUCUCUCUGGUGUGAAGGAGCGAUCAGAGAAGCUGGGUGCAACGCUUGAAGUGCAGUGGGGAAGUGAGGGAUACGGGCCCGUGGAUAUCGAUUGUGAUUUGGAAGGGUUCGAGACGAUAACUGUGAAUUAUGGAACCGAUUUGCCCAAUCUGAAAGUCGACCAAGGGGUGAGGAGGUAUUUGUACGGGCCGGGGAGUAUACAGGUGGCGCAUUCGGAUCAUGAGGCGUUGACGAGGAGGGAGUUGGAGAGGGCGGUGUUGGAUUACAGGAGGAUGAUUGUGGAGGCCACGAGGAUGGAUAAGUACCAGAGUAGAAGGCAGGAGGAGAGGAUGGGGAUGUAG